UUGAUGGGAAUUGUAGUCAUAGAAUCUCCUGUAUUUCCUGGAAAGGAGACAACGAAAAGUCAUAAGAAGUUCUUGUUCGCCUCUAAAAAGUUGUUUACCUUACUUCAUCUACGGUGUAAAGCGAGAAACAGAAUGUCUCUGAUGGAGCACGGUGGUGGCGCCCACAACAGGCCGGUGACGGCAGUGGCCUGGGCCUCCAACAGCAGCACCUGUCCCAAAGACUUCAACCUGAUUAGUAUAACUGAGGAUGGAGCUGCUGCAAACUUCACACGGAGCUUCGCCAUGAAGGCUGGCUACUACCUCUGCUACAGCAAGGACAUGUCAGGUGGUAUGGUAGUAUCAGAUGUCCAGGUGAUCUCAGACAAGGAGACUGUUCCUCAUGGGUACUGUUACAUACCUGAACACCUGGAGCCUAGGGCCUCCGUGUCUAAGAAGAAGCGUGUGUGUGUCCGCAUGGUGCCAGUGGGCGGUGUGGAAACUGCUGUACUGGAUAUCAAACUGACUGCUAAGACCAGGAGGAUGCUGCAACACUACACCUGCUUAGGGGACAUGCAUGGCUAUGUGAUGUGGUGUAAGAAGGGGCCCUUCUCCAGCCCUCUACCCCAGGCAAAGCCUCGCAGCCUCAGCCUUGACCUCCGGCAGCUCUCCCUGGACCAGAACCCCCCUCCGCUACCCCUCAGACCCAGCAACGCUCCACCCAUGCCCCCUGGCAGGAAGCUCAGUCAUCGCCGCAGCAACCUCCAAUUGCACGACACUGUGGACAAAGUGGUUGACAGCAGCAACAUCUACGGCAUCUCAGCCAUAGAUGGUGUUCCCUUCACUCUACACCCCAAGUUCAAGACCCAAACGAACGGCACGACCCCAACAAACACUCUGAACAACAUUCGCAUCAAGUCUGUCCAGGACAUUGAAAAUGAGUACAACUACACUUUCACCGUGGAGGAAAACGCAGCCAAGAGAACCACACCUCUCACCACAGGAAGCACAUCUUAAGCUCAAUGACCUUUCAUCUCCGACCUCAACAACGGCGGCCUGCUCGACCCACAACACUACGGAGGUCAAUGUGAUAUAUGCCUGGGUCAUGAAAUGAUAAUCAAUGUCCAAGUGCCUAGAAGAUGACUGACUAGAACAGAAGAGUCAUUCUACAUUCCAGAGUUCCUUUGUUGUACCCACAUUCUUAUUCCGUGUUCUAAACUCUUGCACAUUUCAUUCUCACGCCCCGUAUAUGGGGCCAGUUUUAUAUGUUAGGGAUGAUUCUUCCCCCGUAUAUGGGGCCAAUUUUAUAUGUUAGGGAUGAUUCUUCCCCCGUAUAUGGGGCCAGUUAUAUAUGUUAGGGAUGACUCUUCCCCCAUAUAUGGGGACAGUUACAUGUGUUAGGGAUGACUCUUCCCCCGUAUAUGGGGACAGUUAUAUAUGUUAGGGAUGAUUCUUCCCCCGUAUAUGGGGCCAGUUAUAUAUGUGAGGGAUGACUCACGCCCCGUAUAUGGGGCCAGUUAUAUAUGUGAGGGAUGACUCACGCCCCGUAUAUGGGGCCAGUUAUAUAUGUGAGGGAUGACUCUUCCCCCGUAUAUGGGGCCAGUUAUAUAUGUGAGGGAUGAUUCUUCCCCCGUAUAUGGGGCCAGUUAUAUAUGUUAGGGAUGACUCUUCCCCCGUAUAUGGGGCCAGUUAUAUAUGUGAGGGAUGACUCUUCCCCGUAUAUGGGGCCAGUUAUAUAUGUUAGGGAUGACUCUUCCCCCGUAUAUGGGGCCAGUUAUAUAUGUUAGGGAUGACUCUUCCCCCGUAUAUGGGGCCAGUUAUAUAUGUGAGGGAUGACUCUUCCCCUCUAUAUGGGGCCAGUUAUAUAUGUGAGGGAUGACUCUUCCCCCGUAUAUGGGGCCAGUUAUAUAUGUUAGGGAUGACUCUUCCCCCGUAUAUGGGGCCAGUUAUAUAUGUGAGGGAUGACUCUUCCCCUCUAUAUGGGGCCAGUUAUAUAUGUCAGGGAUGACUCUGACGGGGAAGAGAUCGUUGUUUGGCAGGGCAUGCUUGUUUCUCUCGUUAGAAUAAUGGAAGGAACCUGUUGUGGUGUACCUGUUAACGUCAGGCUAUUGAUCUUCAUCUUUAUUGGGAUGUUUAGGGACCAAACUAAAUGUUGUUACACUUUCAAUGUAAAUAAUGUUACUAUUAUGUCUCUGUGGUGAAACAUGGGUCAUUUCAUGGUUUAAAAAAAUAUAAUAAGGAAGUAUGGUUACCGGUCACUGGUUAUAUCUGUAUAUUGUGCCUUGCAUGCAAGUAUAAAGAAAUAAAAUACCAAAUAGUU